AUGGUGGCUUUGGAAAUUGGGGAAACUUUGAUAAUGAUUUGGCAGAGUUCCUCGACCCCCUCGGUGGCCUCAGCCGCUUCGCUGGACUUGGUGGCUCUGGCAGCAUUUUUGGCGGCUCCAAUGGUGGUAAACUUAAAGGAGAAGAAGGCGGCUCAAACGGUGGUAACAAACUGCCUGGAGAGGGAGGCUCAAGCUCUUCAAGCACCGGAGCCAAGACAGAUUGGUGGAAAUUGCCCAGUAUUGGCGGCUUGCUUCCGGACUGGAUAUGGGGUGCAGGCUGGGAUUGGGACCAUACAGCUGUUCCUCCCACAACAACAUCAACUACACGUCGCCCAUUCACGCAAAAGCCCCCAACUACCACGCGUCGCCCAACGCAGAAGCCCCUAACUACCACACGUCGCCCAUUCACACAAAAGCCCCCAAUUACCCCAGGUCGCCCAACUACCACAACCACGCCCCCAUCUGGCCCAUCCUACGGGAAAGCAAAUUGUGCGAAUGGUGGAUAUCCAAACCCUCGAGAUUGCUCAAAAUGUGUUUGCCCAGGUGGAUAUGGAGGACGACUAUGCAAUGAAAGGCCGGCAGGCCCAGGAAAGGUACUGCAAGCUAAUACAAAAUGGCAAAAAAUAGAAACUCUAGUGGGCUACGAGGGCGUGCGUAGAACUAGCGAAAAAGACGAUUUCCUAUUUGAAUACUACUGGAUACAGGCUCCUAAAGGAAGAAAAAUCGAAGUAAAAGUCGACGAUAUUACGCCAGAUCUUGAAACUCCAGGAUGCUACUGGUUUGGUGUUGAGGUUAAAGCACAGAGAGAUCAACGUCUGACUGGAUACAGGCAAGUUGGUGAUGAUUGUUUCUCCUGUAUAUUCCGCAAAUUAUCAG